UGGUAAUGUGAAUUAAAAUCCAACCAAAUUCAUUCAUUCUAAAAUUUAUAUAUAAAGUCAUCCGAACAAUCAAAUGUACUAUUUAUUUCACGUAAAAUUUUUCAUAUUAGCUAUUACUUCUAAUUCAUAAAUGGCUGAAUUAGUUGGAACAUGGAAAUAUCUUGAAAGUACCAACGUGAAAGAAUUGUCUAGUGAAUUAGGAACUCCUAAUGAUGUAUUUAAUGUUAUCAAUAAAAUGAAAUCAAAUAUGAUCAUAGAUUUGGGUGAUAAUGAAGUACGCAUAAAAAUGAUAAUAGGUGAUGAAGAACUGGAUCAAUCAUUUGAAUUGGGUCAAGAAGUUGAAGAAUUAACAUUUGAUGGACGAAUAGUUCGAGCUAUUGUAACCAUUGAAUCAGACAAGAAAAUGGUACAUGUACAAAAACAUGGCUUUACAGAAACUGUCAUUACACGUGAAGUUGAUGGUGACACUUUGAUAACAACAAUAAAAUCUCAGCAACAUGUAGCAACUAUCAAAUAUCAACGUGUUUGACUUGAUCAUUAGUAAAUGUUCAAAUUCCACUGUUUAGUACUUUAAAUAAAUUAUAUUAAAAUAAAUAAACAUAUGAUAUUAUACUACAAUUUAUUUGUAUUACUUAUUAGUUACAAUGAAAUUGUUUAUUUAUACCUUACAAUAACUACUCAAUCAAUAUAACUUUGAUAA